AUGGGCGUCAACGCCGUCAUCCCAGCUGCGGUCCAAUCCACCCUGUCCCAUCAAUCCCAGCGCCAAGAGUCAUUUCCUUACUCUCAUCAAUCUCACCCACAGUCCUACGCGAAUAUAGUGAAGAACGGGAAUGGGUUGACUAUCGAUCAGCUCAGAGCGGAAAGCUAUGGAUCGACGGCAUCGACUCUUGAUGAUGCAGAGGAUAAUGGAGUGGAGGGUAGUAGUAGGAGAGCCAGUCCGGGUAAGGGAAAAAAUCUGCAAAAGUACGACGAUCAUGCGGAUGAUCUGUAUGAUGGAGAGGAGGACGAAGAAGAUGAUGAUGAUGAUGAGGGAGAAGAGUUUGGUAUGGAACCUGAAAUACCUGUCACAUGGAAAUACAUGUCAAGGUUAUACCUACUUGUACCGAUAAUCACAAUGGUAUGGCUAGCCCUCUUGAUAUUGCUAGUAACAUUCGCAUGGCCACCGACCAAGCGUGAACGUGAAGCAGGUCAGAAAUAUCCCCACCCGAUCUUAUUCAAACCUUUCUUAAUCGGUAUAUUCGCUUCAUGCACUGUUCAGACUAUAAGAGUACCCGUGUGGGUAGUAGUGUCGUGGUUCAGGUUAAGUACUGGGCAAACUACUUUCUGGUCGACAUCCCUCCACGCAAUAAUCCAUGAACUCCUCCGACUCUCCACCCUGCCUCUGAUAACUAUUUCCCCCACAUCAGGCUUCCAUUCGUCCUAUUAUCUGGGUCUAGGAUGGGGUCUGGCAGAAGUGACCUACGGGAUUAUCCAGGGAUGGGAACAGAUCGAACUCUAUAAAGAAGUGAUGCGGCCAUCUGGAUCACUUAGCUUAUCUUGCGACCCUAAUGACCAUGACGUCGAAGCUCAAACUACAGGUGGUAAUGGUACUACCAGGCUGAGUAAAACGCAGGAAGGGAUGUUAAGCAGUGUGCUUGAACGAAGUGACGAAGAGGAUUCUCAAGUCAUAUAUGAUGAUCCUAAUCAGCAGGAUCAGGAAGAGGAAGAGGAGGAAGAAGAGGAAGAAGAGUUGGAAAGGAAAGUUGAGAUUCUCGAAAGGAUGAGAGCGAGGAGAGAUCUAGAGGAAGUUAUAGGUCUUCCAUUCCCGAAUAUCCCAUUCCCACUUCAUCUUCUAUGGCGACUCGACACCCUCCUUCUCAACCUCGGUCUUACCUUACUCCUCUCUUCAUUCUAUUUCAACUCCACACCAAUAUACCGUCACUCUCCCUUCGUAGUACGUCACGACGCGGCUGUACCCGACUCCCAACCGCAUAAAUGGUUAUGGCAAGUAUGGGCUUUGGUAUCGUUGUUGCAUGUGGCGGUAAGCUUGGUUUGGAAGGUUGUCGGUAGGGUUGGAAUAGGUGCAGUCACCUGGGGUGGAUUGAUCGUUGCUUUAGGAAGUGUAUUUGCAGGAUUGGGAUGUUGGGGUGGAUUAGUCUAA